AUGGGCGAUUUCAAGCUUUCGGCGUCGUUGCGCGGCCACGAAGAUGAUGUGCGUAGUGUUGCGUUCCCUACGCCGACUACUAUCGUCUCCGCCUCCCGCGACUUCACUGUCCGCUUGUGGCAGCGCCAGUCAACCACCCCACCCUCGUAUGACAGCACCAUCAAGUUUCACGGCACCGAAUUUGUCAACUCCCUAGCCAUUGUGCCGCCGUCGUCCACCUACCCCGACGGUCUUAUCGUGUCCGGCGGUAAGGACCAGAUCAUCCACGUACACCAGCCGAACCAAGCCGUGGGAGAUAAUGCGGAGGCCUUGCUUAUAGGGCAUGCGAACAAUGUGUGCGCACUCGAUGUCAGUCCCAAUGGGAACCUCAUAAUAAGCGGUAGCUGGGAUACUGAAGCUCGCGUCUGGCAAAUUGGGAAAUGGGAGAGCUCAACGGUGCUCAAAGGACACGCAGCUUCCGUGUGGGCAGUUCUUGCCUAUGACGAUUCCACCGUCAUAACAGGCUGCGCCGACCAGAGCAUACGCAUAUUUCAACCCUCAGGAAAGCUAGUGAAGUCAAUACAGACUGGAGAUGUGGUGCGAGCACUGUGUCGAUUACCCACCAACCACCCCUCCGGCGCGCAGUUCGCCUCUGCCGGCAAUGAUGCCGUUGUAAGGCUGUGGACAUUGGAGGGACGUCAGGUCCAGGAGCUUCACGGCCACGAGAACUUCAUCUAUUCCUUGGCUGCGCUUCCCGAUGGGCAGCUUGCUAGCUCCUCCGAGGACCGCACAGUGCGGAUAUGGAAAGGUCAACAGUGCGUACAGACAAUCACCCAUCCCGCGAUAUCUGUCUGGUCGGUCGCAGCGUGCUCCGAGACUGGAGAUAUCGUGACAGGAGCCAGCGACCGCAUCGUGCGCGUUUUCACACGGUCGCCAGAGCGUUAUGCAGACGAAGCAGCUAUCGCGCAAUUCAAUGAUGAUGUCAAAUCAUCAGCGAUACCCCAACAAGCGCUUCCCAAUAUCAAUAAAGAACAACUACCUGGCCCCGAAUUCCUAUCGCAGAAGUCGGGUACUAAGGAGGGACAGGUACAAAUGAUUAAUGAAGCCAAUGGCAAUGUCUCAGCGUAUCAAUGGUCGACAGCCGCAAAUCAAUGGAUUAACGUCGGCACCGUGGUCGACCAGGUUGGUAGCAGCGGGCGCAAGAUAUCACACAAUGGCAAGGAGUAUGACUAUGUUUUCGAUGUGGACGUUGAGGAGGGAAAGCCCCCUCUCAAGCUGCCAUACAACCUCUCGCAGAACCCAUAUGAGGUGGCCCGCAAGUUCUGCGAAGAUCACAAGUUACCAAUCACAUACCUUGACCAGGUCACCAGCUUCAUUGUCCAAAACACCCAAGGAGCGACACUGGGGCAACCCGGAGCGCCUGGAGCAGACCCUUGGGGCACUGACUCGCGGUAUCGUCCUGGAGAUGCAUCCGCAGUACCACCUCGACGACCGACGCCUAAACUCAUCCCUCAGAAAGAAUACCUAGACAUCUUGACUGCGAAUCAUAAAGUCAUCUUCAAGAAGCUACAAGAGUUCAAUCAGAAGCUGAUAGACGAGGGACUCAAGGAUUUGUGUUUCAAUCCAACCAAUAUUGAAACGCUGGAAACCACCGUUGCGGCACUGGAGAGAGGGCAAGAGAAGGCUAUAACGUCUGAGGGCGUCGACCUAAUCGUCAAAGCUGCAACGCAAUGGCCAGAGGACAAACGCCUCCCAGCGCUCGACCUGCUCCGUCUUCUUUUCGCAUACAGCACACCUGUCACUUACCUAGCCUUGCAGCAAUCCAUCCUAACCCUCCUCGCCGAAUCUGGUGUCUUUGCUUCCACAUCGCCACCCAACAACACCAUGAUGGCUGUGCGGUCCCUCGGCAACCUCUUCAAAACAGAGGAAGGCCGUGCUGUGGUGAAUGACGAAUUCGAUGCCGUUCACAACUCGGUCAGUCCGUUCCUCACCGUUACUCACCGCAAUCUCAUCAUCGCCAUUACGACCCUCUACAUCAACUACUCGGUUCUGUUCUCGUCGAACAAUAACGCGGAUCGUGCCCUCACUCUGCUAGACGAUUUGUCCAAGAUAUUGAACAGCGCUACGGAUUCCGAGGUUGUGUACCGUGCGCUCGUCGCUACGGGCACUCUUCUGUCCCUUGGUGACGAGUACUGCGAAGCUGGCAGAGACGUGUUUCACCUGGGGGAUGGGCUUGCGAGGGCAGAGGAGAAAGUGAAGGAGCCUAGGAUACGCAAUGUGGUGGGUGAAAUUAGGGCUUUGCUGAAGUAA